AUGUUCCAAAAUUUCCGCCAUCGAUUGGUCUUCAUUUUUGCUAUUGAGGAGGUAAACAGAAGUCCAUGGAUUUUACCAAACGUGACUCUGGGGUACCAGAUAUUUGACUCCUGUGCUUCGGAAGUGAAAUCUGUCUCUGGAAUGCUGAAUAUAAUGUCUGGCACAGAACAUAAAGUUCCCAAUUAUAACUGUCAGACAAAUGGCAAACUGGUGGGUUACUUAGGAGACUUGUCAACUAGUACCACCUAUAUCAUUGCUCAGCUGGCAAAAGUGUUUGGAUACCCUCAGAUCGGUUACGGCUCCAUGGAUCCAGUUUUCCAUGACAGAACCCAGUUUCCAUCAUUCUACAGAACUAUCCCCAAUGAGGAGGCAGAAAUUGAUGGGAUUGUGCAGAUACUGAAGCACUUUGGCUGGAAAUGGGUCGGACUCAUUAUAUCAAAUGAUGAUUCUGGAUACAGAGCACGGGAAAGAAUAAGUGAAGAACUUGCUGAUAUUGGGGGAUGUUUGGCCUUUUCUUCUGUAAUUAAAAAGCAAAACAUAAAAUAUGACUAUUAUAAGAUCAUUGAACUCAUUUUGGAGACCUCCGCUAAGGUUAUUGUUGUAUUUUUAACCACAAAGUUUACUUCCACUUUUGCAGAGUAUUUUUACGUUCAAAAAAUGCAGACGAAAGUUUGGAUAAUGACUUCCUUCUUCCCCAGUCUUAUGAUUUUAAGGCAGUGUGAGCUAGGAAGUACAUUUAAUGGCUCACUGUCAUUGUUAAUCCAGGAAGGCAACAUCCCCGGGUUUGAACAUUUUAUCAACUCCUUUUCUCUAAACAGCUAUCCCAAAGACUACUAUAUUGAAAUUGCCUGGGAACAUUUUUUUAAAUGUUCAGUUUCAGACCCUUUAAACUUGUAUAGAAUGAAAUACUGUACAGGAAAUGAAUCCCUCCGUGAUGCUGAUUUGUUUGUAUAUGGAACCACCAAUUACAGAGUCACUUAUAGAGUUUACACUGCAGUCUAUGCACUGGCGCAUGCCCUGCACAAUCUCUACAUGGCCCAGGCUCCAGUCAAUCAUUGGGAAAGGACAGAAUACCUGAAAAGAAAAGUGAAGCCCUGGAAGAUAAAUAAUUAUCUCCGCAGAGCAACUUUCACUAUGUCUUCUGGUGACAUCCAAUACUUUGACGAAUAUGGAGACCCUCCAGCCCGAUUUGACAUUAUUAAGUGUCUUUUUUUACCAAAUAAUCUGAUUGAUAUAAGAAAGAUGGGAUAUUUUAACAUGUCAAAGAAUGAUAAAUAUUUAAAUAUCAACAACAGUGCUGAUUUGUGGAAACCAUACUUUGAAAAGGCACCUGAGUCUCUGUGUAAUGCACCCUGUGCCCCAGGACACAGGAAGUCUAAAAUAGAAGGGAAGCCAUUAUGUUGUUACACCUGUGUCCAGUGUGCGGAUGGGGAAAUCUCUAACACCACAGAUGCAGCGACCUGUGUGAAAUGCCCUGAUGAUAAGAGGACAAAUAUACAGAGAACAGACUGUAUCCCUAAAACUAUAAACUACCUUUCUUAUAUGGAUACCCUUGGGGCCAGUUUAACUUCUAUUGCCUUGAUCCUCUUCAUCAUAACUUUAACAGUUUUGAUAAUCUUUGUGAAAUACUGGGAGACUCCUAUUGUGAAAGGCAAUAACCAAAAUCUCAGCUGUCUCCUCCUCAUCUCUCUCAUGUUGUGUUUCCUCUGCACUUUAUUAUUCAUUGGACGCCCAACACAGAUAUGUUGUCUCCUCCGACAAGUAACAUUUGGGAUUGUAUUUACUAUUUCUGUUUCAUGUUUGUUGGCUAAAACUCUCAUAGUUAUUAUUGCUUUCAAUGCCACAAAGCCUGGGAGCAAGCUGAAGAAGUAUGUAGGAACCCAGCUGUCCAUCAUAUUAGUCAUUGUAUGUUCUGUCGGUGAGACUAUAAUCUCUGCUGCAUGGAUGGCCUCAAAUCCUCCAUUUCAAGAAGCCGAUACUUCUUCUGAAACUGACACCAUUAUACUUCAGUGUAAUGAAGGAUCUAUCAUGUUCUUCUUCUGUAUAAUUGGAUAUAUGGGAACCUUGGCCCUACUAAGUUUCAUGGCUGCAUUUCUAGCCAAGGAUUUCCCUGACCGAUUUAAUGAGGCUAAAAACAUCACUUUCAGUAUGUUGGUGUUCUGUAGUGUGUGGGUGGCAUUUGUCCCUGCAUACCUGAGCAGUAAGGGGCGUAGAAUGGUGGCUGUUGAGAUAUUUGCAAUUUUAUCUUCCAGUACUGGAUUAUUGGGAUGUAUAUUUGCCCCUAAAUGCUACAUUAUUUUUAUUAGACCUGAGCUGAACAAAAAAGAAAAUAGAAGUUCAACAUGGGAAGGGAAACAGAAAUCCGUUUUUGCAUCUGUGAUGUACACUCCAACAAUCUAA